AUGAUUAUUUCAGCGAAAGGCUUUGAUUUCCCCCGCUCUGGUUCAUUGGCUCAGCUCCUGGACAUCUUACUCAUCGGGGGCAGCUGUCUCCAGCAGUUGAACAAACGGGCGAACUUCAUGGAUCCAGACUUCCAGCAGAAACUGGAAGACGAGAAGGAGCUCAUCCGCCGGGCCAUCCAGAAGGAGCUGAAGAUGAAGGAAGGGGCAGAAAACCUGCGACGGGUGACCACCGACAAGAAGAACCUGGUGCACGUGGAGAAUGUCUUGAAGUCUUCCAACCGCAAACUGGAGCGGCUGCACUUGGAACUCCACGAGCUCAAUGCCCGGAUAGUAGCCACUGAGAAAGAGGAGGAGAAGAUGACAGAUGGAAACGUGUCCCCAGACCCUUGCCUCUGGGAGAGGAACCCGAACCCCAUCACAAGGAGAAUAGAGGCUCUGAAGAAACAGCUGCACAUCGAGCUGAAGGUGAAGCAGGGGGCAGAGAACAUGAUCCAGAUGUAUUCUAGCGCCCCAAAGGAACGGAAGCUGCUGGCCACUGCUCAACAGAUGCUGCAGGACAGCAAGACCAAGGUUGAGUUGAUCCGGAUGCAGAUUGUGAAGGCGUCUCAGUCCUCAGGUGGCGGGGAGGAUGGAGUGGAUCCCAUAGGCAUGAUCAGCCUGCUGGACCUGCGUCUGGAGGAGCUCCGGCAUCGCCUGCGGAUUGAAGCCGCGGUGGCUGAAGGGGCCAAAAAUGUGGUGAAGAUUCUGGGCAGCAGGCGGGUGCAGGACCGUAAAGUUUUGACUGAGGCCCAGGCUUGCUUGCAAGAAUCUGCCCAGAAAAUCGACCUGUUGCGCCUCUCCCUUGAGCAACUCCUGGGCGAACUUUCCCCUGAUCACCCCAAGAGGGCGCUCAUAAAACAGGAGCUGGUGAACACGUUCUGUCUGGGCGCUCAGCAAGGCGGCGGGCAGCCAUUCACUACUCUGAUCAAGCCCACGGCCCUUACGGGGAUGCUGGAAGUGCGCUUGUUGGGCUGCCAGGAUCUUCUGGAGAGGGUGCCAGGCCGUUCCCGAGUGGCCAGCUCGACACCCAACUUUGUGAGCUCUGCUGAUUUGAAGCCCUUGACCCGGACGUGGGCUGGCGUGAGCAUCCAUGGCCGUGGGGCUGCCACAAAACAUAUUCGGAACGAGGAACCGGGUAGUGAAGUUCUUGCUCUGCUCAAGGUGGACAACAAAGUGGUUGGGCAUACCAACUGGGGACCAAUGAACAACCAAGCUUGGGACCAAACCUUUAUCUUUGAACUGGAUCGAUCCCGAGAGCUGGAGAUCUCCGUUUAUUGGCGCGACUGGAGAGAGCUGUGCGCGGUGAAAUACUUGCGCUUGGAUGACUUCCUUGAUAAUGAACGCCACGGCAUGUGCCUCUCCCUUGAACCUCAAGGGCUGCUUUUUGCAGAGGUAACGUUCAGCAACCCCGUGAUUGAGAGGCGCUCCAAGCUGCAACGUCAGAAGCGCAUUUUUCCCAAACAAAAAGGGAAAGAGUUCCUCUGUGCCUCUCAGAUGAACAUCAACAUUGCCACGUGGGGUCGUCUGAUGAUGAGUAUCUUACCGCCUUGCAGUUCCUUGACCACCUUAAGCCCCCCUUUCCGGGCAUCCCCCCGCGUGGGCCUCGCUUCUGCAGCCCCUUCUCAAAGCCGAACAGAAUUGGUGUCUACGUUGGACGGGUCUUUGGAAGAAAGAUCUCCCCGAAACCUGUCUCCCAAAUGCAGCAACUGCCCGGUGGCUAAACUGACUUUCGACGCCGAGCCACCUCCCAAGCCACCCCGCCUCUUCCUGGAGCCUUCGCCCAAAAAGCUGGAACAGGCUGCUGUGGAUUCUUUGCCUCUCAAAAAGCUACACCUCGACGAAAGGCCCCUUGGCCGAGAAACGGCUGGCCGGGCUUCUUUGAGGAAGAAGACCACCCAGCUCGAGGACUUCUGCUGUCUUGCCAUGCUGGGUCGGGGCCACUUUGGAAAGGUGUUGCUGGCACAGUACAAGGCCACAGGCAAGCUGUAUGCCAUCAAAGCCCUGAAGAAGCACGACAUCCUCAGCCGGGAUGAGAUGGACAGCUUGAAUUGUGAGAAGCGAAUCUUCGAAGUGGUCAACUCGUCCGGCCACCCUUUCCUGGUGAACAUGCUUGCUUGCUUCCAGACACCGAGUCACGCCUGUUUUGUGAUGGAAUACACUCCUGGGGGGGACCUCAUGAUGCGCAUUCAUUCCGACGUCUUUUCAGAGCAUGUGACACGGUUCUACUCUGCCUGUGUGGUCUUGGGCCUCCAGUUCCUACAUGAUAAGAAGAUAAUUUAUAGGGACCUAAAGUUGGAUAAUCUACUCUUAGAUGCACGUGGCUUUGUGAAGAUUGCCGAUUUCGGACUCUGUAAGGAAGGAAUGGGCUUUGGCGACCGGACCAGCACCUUCUGCGGCACCCCAGAGUUCCUGGCUCCAGAAGUGCUGACGGAUCCCUCUUACACCCGGGCAGUAGACUGGUGGGGGCUGGGCGUGCUCGUUUUCGAGAUGCUGGUUGGUGAGUCUCCAUUCCCCGGUGACAACGAAGAGGAGGUUUUUGACAGUAUUGUUAACGAAGAUGUCCGUUACCCACGAUUCCUUUCUACAGAGACUAUCUCCGUGCUCCGAAAGCUUCUCCGGAAGUGUCCGGAGCGGCGCCUCGGAGCCGGAGCAGCAGAUGCUGAGGAGAUUAAGACUCAGCCCUUUUUCAAGGAGAUCGACUGGGAUGCCCUGUUUGCCAAGACCCUAAAGCCCCCGUUUGUGCCCACUCUGAGAGGUGCUACUGACAUCAGCAACUUCGACCAGGAGUUCACCUCCCAGAAGGCCGUCCUGACGCCUCCCAAUGAUCUCCCAGCCCUUACAGCAGAGGAACAGGCCGUCUUCAAGGACUUUGACUUUGUCUCUCGACUCCUCUUGGAGGCCUGAUCUGGCAUGGCUGAAGGCUCCCCUCUCCUUUGCUGCUGGAGGAAAGAUUCAGACACUGGCUGGGUAUAAUGAAGUCUGCAAAAUGCACAUGGAUGCACAUGAAGGCUCGUUGGAAAUGGGAUGAAGUUUUCCAGUACAG